ACGUGUGCUGUCCGCUCUGAGAAACUCUCUGAUCAGAUCCAGCCUCGGUUGUUUUUAAUCCUCCGGUUCAGAUCCAGGCCCCGGUUCAGAUCCGGGCUCGGUUCGGAGUCAAACCCCGGCGGACUUUUCCUCAUUAUGGCCAAAGUUUCCAACAAAAAGCGCUCCGGGAGGAGGAAGCGCAGCGCCGCGGAGCAGAAGAAGCAGGAGGCGCCCGAGGAGGAGCAGGAGGUGUCCGAGGAGGAGCAGGAGCUGCCCGGAGCGGAUGAAGAGGUGACCAGUGAGGAGGAGGAGGAGGACGGCCAGGAUGAACGCAGACACCAGAAGCUGCUGGAGGCCAUCAGCGCCCUCGGGGGAAAGAGGAAGAAGACCCUGGGAGAGCGGUCCGAGGCGGCCACGCAGAUGUCAGAGUUCACCGUCAACAGCAAGGGAGAAGGCGACAGGAUCGACCUGUCGGAGCUGAUCGACACCGCGCAGAAGACCCCCGCGGUCCCCAACAAGACCAGGAAACAGCUGAAGAGCCUGAAGAAGCUCAAGAAGACCAUCGAGUGUCCGCUCAGUAAGCAGGAGAGCGAGAGGAUCCAGCGGGACCUGGCCUUCCAGAAGGCCGCCUCAGAGGUCAGCCGCUGGAACAGCAUCGUGGUCCAGAACCAGAGAGCCGAGCAGCUGCGCUUCCCCCUGGACCGGGAGCGCUCCGGACCCAAGCCCAUGGAGAGGGUGGUGACGGGCUGGAAAGCGCAGACCCCACUGGAGAAGGAAAUCUUCGCCCUGCUGUCGGCGAACAUGCAGCCCAUCCACGACCCCGUGCUGACCCCGGAGGAGGAGCUGUCCCUGAAGGCCAUGAGCCUGGAGGACGCCAAGAUCCGCCGCGCCGAGCUCCAGAAGGCCCGCGCCCUGCAGUCCUACUACGAGGCCAAGGCCCGCCGCGAGAGGAAGAUCAAGAGCAAGAAGUACCACCGCGUGCAGAACAAGGCCAAGCGCAAAGAGUUCCUCAAGCGGUUCGACGACAUGGCGAAGACCGACCCGGCCGCCGCGCUGGAGGAGCUCAACAAGAUGGAGCUGGUCCGGAUGCAGGAGCGGAUGUCGCUGAAGCACCAGAACAGCGGCAAGUGGGCCAAGUCCAAGGCCGUGAUGGCCAAGUACGACGAGGGCGCCCGCAAGGCCAUGCAGCAGCAGCUGGAGGUCAACAAAGACCUGACCCAGAAGCUGGUGACCUCGCUGAACCAGGACGAAGAGGAGGAGGAGGAGCAGCAGGAGGAGGAAGCAGAGCUGCUGCCAGAGUGUGUGAAUGAUGCAGAGAAAGGAGGGGAGCCAUCCAAUCCAUGGAUGAGAGGGAAGCUGUCUGAAGACCCUGCAGAGGGGCCGGCGGCUGAUCCUGAGGGCGCUGCGGCGCCGCAGGCCAGGGCCGCAGUGGAGGAAGAGGAGGAGGAGGAGGAAGAGGAGGGGGAGGAGGAAAAACUGCUGAGAGAGUUCGACAGGAGGAGAAAGCAGCGUCAGUCUGAAGAAGCCGAAACCCCAGCAGUCAUUUCUUUGGUUGAUGAUGAUGAAGAUGAUGAUGAUGAUGAAGGUGAUGGCGAAGAAGAGAAGCUGUCAGAGUUCACGAACAUCUUCCGAGGAAUCGUAGAAAGCCGCCAAGAGGCCGCCAGCAUAACCGACGACUCGGCUCAGUUAGAAGGAAGUCUCCAGAGGAUCCGGACCCUGCAGGACGUGGAGCUCCUCGCCGAGGACGUCUCGGCCGCCGAGCCGCCGCCAGCCGAGCCUCAGCAGCCCCCCGACGGCCCCCCCGCUGCUGCUCCACCCGCCGAGGGCAAGAGCAGGAAGAGAAAGAAGGGCAUCGAGCUCAAAGAGGUCCUCACCAAGGAAGCAAAGGUCAUCCGGGUGCCGCUGGCCCCCACCGUGGCCGGGGACGCCGAGGGCGGCGAGGAGACGCUGGACCAGCGGGGGCUCAUCAAGGAGGCGUUCGCCGGCGACGACGUCGUCUCCGACUUCCUGAAGGACAAGAGGAGGCAGGAGGACGCCGGCAAGCCCAAACACGUGGACCUGACGCUGCCCGGGUGGGGGGAGUGGGGCGGCACGGGCCUCAAGCCCUCUCGCCGGAAACGCAAGAGGUUCAGGAUCAGAGCGGCGCCGGCGCCGCCCAGGAAGGACGAGCGUCUGCCCGCCGUCAUCAUCUCGGAGAAGAGGAACAGCUCGCUCACCCUCCACCAGGUCAACUCGCUGCCCUUCCCCUUCCAGACUCACACGCAGUUCGAGAGCACGGUGCGCGCGCCCGUGGGACGCACCUGGAACACGGAGCGCACCGUCAAGACCAUGACCAAGCCCAGAGUGGUGACCCAGCUGGGCGCCAUCAUCCCGCCCAUGGACCGCGAGCAGCUGAUGAAGCAGGAGCAGAGCAAGGCGGGCGCCGGGACGGCGAAACCUCAGAGACACACAAAGGCUUAAACACACCGCGUCACAACACCGGGCUUCAUGUUUUAGAGAAAGAAGUCAUCAGUGCAGCUCUGGAGCUUCUUCCUUAGCAGCACUGUGUGAGGAGUUAACGUGUUUACAUGUGAGGUGUGUCAGAGCAGGUUCAGUCGUGGAAAUCAAACCGCUGACGGCACCGUGUGUCCAGCAGGAAAUAGAUUUAACAACAUUCUCUUUCAGACAUGACCUAUCAACAAGUGGUCACUUUGUAACUUUUGUAUUUCUUCCUGUUUGCUUCAUCCUGAAGUUUCAAGUGAAAACAUGUUAACCUGCACAGUGAAAUUCUUUGCUGUCCACUGAGAAUGUCAUUAAAAUUAAGAUGGUUAUAAGAAAAAGUAAAAUAACAGUACUGUUUCAAAAUCUCUGUGGGUGUGUAAUCAAAUGCUAGUGCAGAUUAAGUAAGGAAGGGUUAAUGUACGAAUGAAGCAGGAGUAUUCAGAGCAGCAUUGUUUGUGAUCAAAACAUUACACCUUUCGGCUGAAUGUGAAGAAUAAGAACUGCUGCUUGUUUUGUGAAAUUGAAAGUGGUGAACAAACCUUUUGACAGAAAAGUCCUGAAAGUCUCCAAACAGAUGCUAAAUGUCCAGGAAGUUAAAUUUUGCUGACUUUUGUGCAAAUAAUCCAAUAUACAGUUAAAGGGUGGUGCUCAAUAACAUGUAAUCAGAAAUGACUUGUUCAGAGUUUUCAAGCUAGAAAUGGGGAAAUAUUUGAUCUUCAUCACAUGUAAAUACUCCAGAGGGUUGUUUUACACUGACUUCAUGUGUUGGGAUGUUCUGGGAUCACUGCACUGGGGUAUGUUUUAAUGGUAAAGAAGAGAUGAGAGCAUGGCUGUCCUGAAAGUCCCAGAGUCUUCAUCACUGCGGCAGACUGCUGCCAUCUACAGGAGAUUGGGGUGAACUGCUUUACCACUGAGAAAGGUUUGGAGAAUAAAAGUGCGAUUUGCUAUUUCCA